ACAGCCAACAGUAGCCCACACACCAGAACCACAUAAUAGAAGCAGCUAUGGUUUUUAUAAGUAGAUGGUACUAACAUUGGGAUAUAAUCACAAAUAACCAAGGAAGAAGACCUGUCUCAGCCAAUCACAGCAUCUGGAACAGGGGGAAGCAGAAGAGUGGGGGAAGGAAACAAAAGAAAGAGUGGAAAGAGAAGAGUGACCUGACGUGGAAAAAAGGAAAGCAGAAGCCUGGAACAGCUGACCUCUGCCUGGUGAAUCACAAUGUCUGUCCAGCUGCACGCACUACUGAUCCUCUUCCUGAGCUCCACACAAGGUGGUUGUAUGCAUCCGAGCCCCCACUGGGGAGAAUGGAAUGACUCUCAGCUUCUGCCAACAAUUCAAAAGCUGAUGAAAGGAUACAAUCGCUAUCUCAGGCCAAAUUUCAAUGAGGGCCCUGUGGAAAUUGGAAUGAGUCUCGAUAUCGCUAGCAUCGAUGCCAUCUCCGAAAUCAAUAUGGACUACACUGCAACUAUCUUCCUCCGUCAGCGUUGGCGUGAUUCCAGACUGGUAUUCCCAGGAAGUGAGAGCAUCAGCAUGGACGGACGCCUCGUGUCACUGCUCUGGAUCCCUGACACCUUUAUCCCGGACUCUAAGCGCUCCUUCCUGCAUGACGUCACGGUGGAAAAUCGCCUCAUACGCAUCUUCAGCAAUGGAACAGUUCUCUAUGCCCUUCGCAUCACAGCAACAAUUGCCUGCAACAUGGACCUGACCAAGUACCCCAUGGACAGACAGGUGUGCACCCUGCAGCUGGAGAGCUGGGGAUACAACCUGCAGGAUGUGGUGUUCUACUGGACCAGAGGGAAUGACUCAGUGAGGGGUCUUGACACACUCCGGCUGGCUCAGUACAGCGUAGAGAGCUACCAUACAUCAGUGUCAGAGGCUGUGUAUGAGACAGGACAAUACCCCAAGCUGGUGUUGCAUUUUGCACUGCGUAGGAACGUGCUGUUCUUUAUCUUGGAGACAUAUGUUCCCUCCAUCCUGCUAGUGGUUCUCUCUUGGGUCUCUUUCUGGAUCAGCCAGUCCUCUGUCCCAGCUAGAACCUGCAUUGGAGUGACAACAGUCCUGACGAUGACCACGCUGAUGAUGGGCGCCCGUACUUCUCUGCCCAAUGCCAACUGCUUCAUCAAGGCCAUAGAUGUUUACUUGGGAAUCUGCUUCACCUUCAUUUUUGGUGCACUGCUGGAGUACGCCUGUGCUCACUUCUACACCAUGCAGCACCAGACCAUAGAGGAUUUACAAAGGGAUCUUCUGCGGGAGUUCAAUGAAUCCAGUGGAAAUGGCUCCAUCCCCGUCGUCACAUCCACCCAACCAAACCAGUCCCUGGAGGUCGCCUCCGCUGCAGAGGACCCUGUGGAGAAGCCAGCGGACAGUGAUUCUCGGAACAAUGCUGGAUCAAAAGAGAACACGCCAGGACAGGGCUGCGGCCUGUCUUCCUUGAAGAACGCAUCGCGCAGGGCAGCAUCCAUCUUCACUGUGGAAAAUCCUCACAACAUUGAUUGUCAUGCUCGCACCAUUUUCCCCAUGGCCUUCCUCUUUGUCAAUAUCCUCUAUUGGCUUUACUAUCUCUUUCUCUGAGCACUUCUUCCAAAGCUACUGCAUUGUUAAUUUCACCUUCCUGAAGCUGCUCAUUACCAGUCGCCACUGCCCAGAUCUGAUCAGAGAAGCGUCUUAUAUCACACACAUUAGACCUUUGUGUCACACAGACAAGGUGACAAAGUGAUGAAAAAGCAUUUGACUUUCUUCUUUGUAUCACACUGGAAAGCCAUUACUGAUCAUUUAUGAAUGGAUUCCUACCAAAUUAUUGACAUGUAAGUGCCAAUGCAAAGCGUCUAUCUGUCUAUUUAGUGACAUCCAUAGAAAAAUAAAAUGAGGAUGAGUUAAUUAGCUAUAAACAACAGAAUGCCUGAACUGUAUCACACUAUACUGUGCUGCAUUGAAUUGCUGUCAUCAGCUGAUGUAGAUGUGUUUUGGUUUUCAUACAUUGUUUGUAUCAGACCAUAUUUACUACCAUGUGAAAUUAAAACAAUAAAUCAGUGAAUGGACAUGUUGGUGCAUUUUUUAAUAUAUUUCCAUUCGGUGUCUUUAUGGCAAUAAAUGAACAAAUGAUCAAC